AUGCAUUCAUGGGUCACAGUCCUUCUAGCAACCUCAGCAUAUGCCACUGCCGUCGCACAGGAGCAGCAGGUUCUAGUUAAUCCACCCAGCAAAACAUCCACUACUAGUGAUGUUCCGGAUUGGUUUAAGACCCGGCCUCAAAGCUACCAGGGUCAUACGGCCACCGGAGCGCCACCAUUCCUUGCUCAGACGAACCCCGCUCCAUUUGAUCUAGAAACUUGGACGGCAAAUUAUCCCCUUGAAACAUCAGAGCCUAUUCAUGGCGCAGGAAAAAAGAACGCCUUCCACCUAAUGGGGAACCUAAGUCCCUACUAUCCCCGUGCCAACGGCUUAGGGGUCGAUGAAUAUCCUCAUCCACCAGGAUCAAACAUCACCCAGAUGCAUAUGAUCCAUAGACACGGGUCGAGAUAUCCCACGGUCUACGAGGGCGAGGAUCUCCAGGAGUGGGCUGAUAACAUCUCCAACGCCAUAAGUCUCGGUGCACGUUUUAAAAAAAAACUCGCCUUCCUGAAUAACUGGUCUUAUAAGCUCGGUGCAGAAAUGCUUGUUACCCGUGGCAGGCAGGAGCUCUUCGACAGCGGUGUGCUCAACUUUUAUAACUAUGGGGCGUUAUUCAACAAUGAGACGAAAAUUGUGGUUCGCACAACGACACAGGAUCGGAUGCUGAAGAGCGCUGAAAACUUCCUCUCUGGGUUUUUCAAUCUUGAGUGGACGGAAAAGGCCAACCUCUUAGCGAUGAUCGAGCACUUCAAUUUCAACACCUCCUUGAUGGCCGUUUAUGCGUGUCCCCGCUCACAGGAUCUCUUCGGCAAUUAUUCACUCCUUCCUCUCAACGAAUGGAAGAACAAUUAUCUCCAACACAGAACAAGGAAGCUUCGACGAUUAUCGCACAACUACAAUUGGACAGUGGAGGAUAGCUAUAAGGCGCAGCAACUGUGCGCAUACGAAACAGUCGCCGUUGGAUACAGUCCCUUCUGCAGGUUGUUCCAUUACAAAGACUGGAAGGGGUUUGCCUAUGCAAGCGAUAUCCUCUUCACUGCCAGUAGUGGAUUUCAGAGUCCUGUGGGCCGAGCUCUAGGAAUUACAUGGGUGGAAGAGUUCCUGGCUAGGGUACAAGGUCUUCCUUUCAACCCGCUCGGUAACACGGCAGCCAAUAUGACUUUAAACACAAACCCUAUCACCUUCCCGGUUAAUCAAUCACUCUAUUUGGACUUCGCACAUGACAACAUCCUUGUAUCCGUUCUAACGGCAUUCGGAUUGAAGCAAUUCAAUAAAUACUUGCCUCCCGAUGGACCACCGGACGGUCAGGAAUUUCAUUCAGGCAAGAUUGUUCCUUUUGCUGCAAGACUGAAUAUCGAGAUUAUUUGGGCGCCUUACAAGGUAAAACGCCACAGGUCUCACGAUGUAAAUAAGGAUCCUUAUAUCCGCGGCACAGAAGAUACAUAUUAUGUGCACUUUCUGCUGAACCAGCGUACAAUACCUUUACAUGAUAGCUUUAAGAAAUGCGAGUACCGCAGUGAUGGUUGGUGUGAGUUAAGCACCUUCUUAAGGAUCCAAAGCAGGAGCUUGAAGAAGGCAAAUUUCGACUUAUCAUGCACGGGAAAUUGGACGCUGGGAAAUUAUCGUGAUGUACAUGACGGUGUUCCUCCCAAGUCUUGGUACUAA